AUGUCAGUUAUUCAAUUAUCACAAUAUAUUCAAACAUUUAUUAUUAGAUUGUUGUUGAUUGGAUCUAAUACCAAUGAAGACAAAGACACUUAUAAAGGUAGUGACUAUUGGUUUGUAGUGUUUAAUGGAGAAAAGAGAAGACAACCAAUCAACGCAAUAAAUAUGAUAGACAUUGCAUUGGUUUCAAAGUGGUGGUUAAAAGUGGUUAGACAGAGAUCAUCAAUGCUUGUUCUUGGUUUUUUAUACAUGGCUAUCGAGAGGAAAAGAUCAAGUGGCCAAGCUCUUGAGUUGGUCUUGGAUGCAUACCAUUUGGAGUCGUUUAAAGUCAAUAUUGUGUCUUCCAAUUAUUCUAAUGAUAUGGAUCGCAACUCAUUAGACGAUUGGAUCCAAAUUAUUGGUGAAUUUGGAACUCUCAUACGAUUGCAUCUAAGUGACUACAUCGAGAUUGAUCAAAUGGAGUUAAAACCCUAG